AUGAAUACUAGAGCUUCAAAGAAACAGAGUUUACCUUUACAUAUUCCUCCAGGUAUAAAACAUAAGAUAGUUUAAUGGACAUGCUAAGCUAUUUUAUCUAUAUUUUAAAUUAUUCAUUUAUUAUUUAGAAACAAGAACAAAGUAAGAAGAGCUAAUUGGUGAACCAGUUAUUACAAAAGUAAAUAUAGAUAAUGAGGAAUCUAAUAACAAGAUUACAAGUUUGAAUUUUCGAUACAAUUAAGGCAUUAAAAAACUAUAAAUUACCAAAACAUAUCCUAAUGAGAAAAGUGGUAAUUGUAUUAAAAUAUGUCAGGUUUUAAAGCUCAUAAAACUAGGAAUAAACCAAUAGUCUUGAAUUUAUUAAAUUGUUUAAAAUAAGGUGUUGAUGGUAAACUAUAUGAUGUUAUGGAUGUCAAUACUUAUAUAUAAUUUAUGAAUGACUAAUAACAAUCAUAAAACAUUCCUAAAUCUUUAAAGUGUAAAUGUAAUAAAUCUAUGUGUUUAAAACAAUAUUGUGAUUGUUUUGCGAAUGGCAAUAUGUGUACUACAUAAUGUCAAUGUCAGGGAUGUCAUAAUACUGAAGAGUAUUUAGAGGAGAGAGAUGAAGCCAUAAAUAAAUUGAAAAUGUAAAAUUAAUCAAUUGAAGUAUUUAAUAAAUAAUAAUUAAAAGAAAGAAGUACCUAUUGGAAUUAGUUGUAAAUGUAAAAAAUCAAAAUGCUUAAAACGUUAUUGUGAUUGUUUUCAGAAUUAUUAGAAAUGCAAUGAAACUUGUUAAUGCUUUAAUUGUUCAAAUUAAUUGGAAAAAGUAGAAUAGGGGGAUUAAAGAUUAAUGAUGAAUUCUAUAUCAUAAUUUGAUGAAAAUAGCAGAUUGGCAAAAUCACCCAUAGUUUAUAACAGAUAAGGUCUUUUUAGAAGAGCUGAUAGUAUGAACUAUUCAAAUUCUUUUGGUUAUUCUAGAAGUAUAUAAAAUAAUCAUUAUAAAUUAAUUAAGGAAUGCUAAUACAACAUGAAGGACCAUACAUUUUAAAGUAAGACUCAUAAGGAUUUAAUUGA